GUAACGCUCAUCUCUAGUGCCCCAACGCUAGUUUCAUUUUUGUUUUUUUUAAACAAAUGAAUUUUUUGUUUAUUGUUUGAGUUCGGUUUCGGCCCUUGCCAGUUUUGCUGUGCGCGUAUUUAAUUAUUUUCGGCAAAUCGCAUGGCGUAAAUUGUGUGGCGGCGGGAAUCGUUUUUAUUUUCCCAGAAAACCCAACAAAUGUACAAUGUGCGUUAAGUCAACAGCAAAUACAAACGAGCAAUUAUUUAUAACUUAAUCUUGGCCGAUUCCACAACAAAAAAGGAAAUAGAAAUGGAAACAAAACAUUCCAUGUAUCAUCAGCAACGCCUUCGGCCGAAUGGCGGAGGAGGGCGAGCAGGAACCAAAGCAGGACCAGGUCCUGGAGCCUCACUAUGCGCCCACUGUCGUGGCCAGUUGCUGCCGCAUCCCGAGGAGCCCAUUGUAAUGGCCCUGGGUCAGCAGUGGCACUGUGACUGCUUCCGCUGCUCCGUGUGCGAGGGUCACCUGCACAACUGGUACUUUGAGCGCGAGGGUUUGCUCUAUUGUCGCGAGGAUUACUAUGCCCGGUUCGGCGAUGCCUGCCAGCAGUGCACGGCCGUCAUUACGGGUCCUGUCAUGGUGGCCGGUGAGCAUAAGUUUCAUCCUGAGUGCUUUUGCUGUGCCGCCUGCGGAUCCUUUAUUGGCGAGGGUGAAUCGUAUGCCUUGGUUGAGCGAUCCAAGCUCUACUGUGGCCAGUGCUAUGGGAAGCGAUCUUGCCAGCCGGCAGAUGCCAAGGCAAGGAUCACGACGGCCGGCAAGCCGAUGCAUUCCAUUAGGUUGGUGGAGAUACCCAAGGAUGCGACUCCGGGACUGCGGGUGGAUGGUGUAGCGCUGGACGAUGGCUGUCCCACUGUUCGGAUAACGGACUUGUUCUGCAAAUUCUUCCUCUGGCUGACCUCGAUGGCGGAGCAGUGCUGUGGUGCCUCCUAUAGGAUCGAUGUCAAUCUAACCAACCUGCACAUUGGCGACCGCAUCCUGGAGGUGAAUGGAACACCUGUGAGUGAUUCUUCGGUGGAGCAAAUCGACAAGCUGAUACGCAGCAAUGAAAAGAUGCUACAGCUGACCGUGGAGCAUGAUCCGGUGCAGGUGUGCCGCUCCUGCAGCCAGGCGGAUAUACAGCGAGCCUGUUCCGCCUCCACCUUGAUCCUGCCACUGAGCACCUCGGCCUCCAGUGUGGAAGUUGGUGGCCGCGAGCGUUUGUAUAAGACACCCAAUGGUGAACCCAAUCAGGGCACCAAGGCGCGUAAGCUGCGACAGGCUAGCAAUGCCUCGGCCACCACCAUACCCGUGGCAGCGGCUGCCAUGACGCAGCUAAAAGAGAAGGAACGCUGCUCCAGUCUGUCCAAGCUGCUCGACGAACAGCAUCAGGCGCAACAGCAAUCGGCGCAUCCGCAGCUCUACGAUCUGUCCAGGACGCAAUCCUGUCGCGUUGUCCAGAAGCCACAGCGAAUCUUUCGUGCCUCCGACUUGGUCAUUGGCGAGAAGUUAGGCGAGGGCUUCUUUGGCAAGGUAUUCAAGGUCACCCAUCGGCAGAGUGGCGAGGUGAUGGUUCUCAAGGAACUCCAUCGGGCGGACGAGGAGGCCCAGAAGAAUUUCAUCAAAGAAGUGGCCGUCCUGCGAUUGCUCGACCAUCGGCAUGUCCUCAAGUUCAUCGGUGUGCUCUACAAGGAGAAGAAGCUGCACAUGGUCACCGAAUAUGUGGCUGGCGGCUGCCUCAAGGAGCUAAUACACGAUUCCGCCCAGAUUCUAACCUGGUCGCAACGGGUAUGCCUGGCCAGGGACAUUGCCUGCGGGAUGAGCUACCUCCAUUCGAUGAACAUUAUCCAUCGAGAUCUCAACUCUAUGAAUUGUUUGGUGCGCGAGGAUCGUUCGGUUAUAGUGGCGGAUUUUGGUCUGGCACGCAGUGUGGAUGCACCGCGAUUACCUGGUGGUAUGCCUGCAUCCUCCUCCUCCUCCAGUGGCCAGGGAACGCCGGCUGGCGGCGGCUAUGGAUCUGGUGCUGGCAGCGAUGCGGCCAUGUCACCGGGCGGCACCCUAAGGCGCAGCAAGAGCCGGCAGCGCAGGCAGCGCUACACCGUGGUGGGCAAUCCCUACUGGAUGGCACCCGAGAUGAUGAAGGGUCUCAAGUACGACGAGAAGGUGGAUGUGUUCUCCUUUGGCAUCAUGUUGUGUGAGAUCAUUGGACGCGUGGAGGCUGACCCGGACUACAUGCCACGCAACUCGGACUUUAGCCUGAAUCAGCAGGAGUUCCGCGAAAAGUUCUGCCACUCGUGCCCGGAGGCCUUUGUCAAAGUGGCCUUUGUCUGCUGCGACCUCAAUCCGGAUCUAAGACCCUCCUUUGAGACCCUGCACAUGUGGCUGCAGCGGCUGGGCGAACACUUGGCCGUGGAGCGUGUGCCGCCGGAACGGCUGCUCCAUGAGAUUGAGAACUUCCAGGAGUGCUAUGCCAGCUCCGAGGAUGCCUUGUCGCCCACCUCACAGCGCAGUUUGGACAAUCUGGAUCAGUUGGUAAGUGAACCUCUCCAGGAAGAGGAAAAGUCUACGGAAACGGAGACGGAGAAGGAAAAUCUGGUGAUACGGCCGCAGGAUAUACCAAAAUCACCGCAUUUGGGGAAGGAUUUCUCGCCGAGCGGCGAAAGACUGAGAGAUAGCAUGCGGGCGCGUCGUCGCCAGCGUUUUCUGGGUGCCCAGGAGCAAAGACGCACCCUCACACCCGAAACGGAGUCCAAGGAGCGGGCUUUGAAGCAGGCUUUGCGCAAAUGCCGGCCCUUUGGGGAAAGGGGCUACCUGGUGGAUCUGCGGCCAGGUGGUGAGCUGCAGCUGCAGGAUGUGCGCGACUUGAAUACCUAUUCCGAUGUGGAUUCCAGCUGCGACACCAGCUUGAAUUACCUGGAGGUCAACAGUCAGCCGGCAGUAGCUCAACAGGAGGAGGAGGUGGUGGAGGAGAAGGUGGAGGAGCAGCAGAAGCCUUCACACAAACUGGAAAUGGUGGACACGACUCCUUCCCCCCACCGCCUGGCCAUCGAGGAUAUGCGCAACCGUUUGCAUCAAUGCCGCAGCAUGUUCGAGCAACUGGAGGAGGAGAGCAGACGGAACCUCAGUCAGACGCAACACACCAUGCGCAACUUCUUCAAGACACCGCCGGUGGCCUUGAAGAUGUUCCAGCGCCUAGAGCAUGAGGCCGCCGCCCUGAAUGGUGGCCACAAUUGUCCGCCGCCUCCACCGCCACGCACCCAGCGCAUCAAUCAAACGCCGAUCUUUGGCCGUCGCAAUCCGCCAGCGGUAGAAGCUAUGGAUAAGCAAAAGCUCCAGCAGGCCGAGUCCCUAGAGCAUUUGGCUACCAAGCCAGCACCGGCGCCCAAAAGAAGCAAGGCAGGCACAACAACAACAACAACGACAACAAAAACCGUGUCGGUAAGCAAUCCAAGCAGUAGCCAACCUCAGGCACUCUUCCUGCCGCCCAACGCUCCAGACUGGCUGCCCAAAAAGCACAGGCUCACUUUGCCCAUACCCCCGCCCACGCAUACCCCGACAACGCCACAGCGAAUCGGCAGUAGCAAUCACCGCCUGCCGCCGGCCAGCAACAGCAAGGGGAAGCCACUGAAGCCAACCUCCAGUCGGACAACCGCCAACAGCAAUAGCAACACCUCCUCGCCCACCAGGAGCAGCAGCAGGCCGGGAUCGCCCAGCAAGCAUCUGGCGCAGAGGCAUACCGCCGCCACGGCCCAGCGACUGACCAAUGUGACUGCAACUCAACAGCAACAGCAGCAGCAAUCCUCGAGAACAACACGCCUGAACAUUCUCAGUCCGGAGAAAGUGCAUCGCCUGGGCGCUCGACUCACGGAUCAGAAGCAAAAGCUUCGGGAAGAGGCAGCCAACGGCAGCGGCAGUGCCUCCCAGGGAGCCAGUAAUGGUGUCCAUCGGUCUAGUGCAACUGGAGGAGCAGCAACAAAUCCGGCGACGGGUGAGAGGAGACGAAGAGCAGCACCACCGCCGCCUGUGCGUACGCAUUUCAAUACGCGUUGCUAGCUAGCGGAAAUACUGGGGCAGCUCGGGAAGCUGUUCCUCCACUCAGGGAGCUCAUGUAAAAAGGCUGUGGAAGCCGGACAAUUCAAAACAGUUGCACUGUUAAAAAGCGCACAUGCAGCACGCCCUUUUCCCCCCUAAACAAACUGAAAACAUUCCAACAAAACAAAUCAAGAAACCCACUACGAAAAAAGAACAAACGAAUAGCGAAAGAAAAGCGAAUAAUCGACACUUGGAUUACCGAUCAAUUACAAAAAUAAAAGCUACAAGAUUCCAUUAAGCAAUUACGAAUAACGAAAUCGACGACAGUUUUAAAAAAAACUGUCAAAAAAAGAAAAAAGAGAGAGGCAGCUAAAUAUAACAGAAAUGCUCAAUAAGCCCAACGAAAACUGUUAUACCCAGCUCUCUAUAAAGUGUUUAUUUUUUUUCAAAUAUUUUUUUUUUAGGCUUAAGCUGAUGAUUACCGUUAUAGCGAAGGUUAAGUGCCUGUUAAGCAAGUAAAAUUCAACAAGUUGCAAUAUUUACAUAACAAAUUGUAUAGAAACCAAGCGAAUAAUUAUAGUAUUUAAGAUUACAGGGUAUUAUAUAACAGCGACUACUACUGUUCCGACUAACUUAUCUGCUAACCUAACGAGAACUCAACUAAACUGCUAAGCAAUUACUUUUUAAAGCCACUAUAAGGCCCGGUUUAUGUAUUACCUAAAUAAUUGAUUAGGCGGGUAAUAUAACAGACAGGACCUCAAUGAAAAGGAAGAGAAAGAUAUAGAGAGAGAGAGAGAAAGAGAGGAGAAAUGAAAAUUGUGCCAUGAAGCUGAGCGAAAGAAGAAUCUGAGGAAAGGAAAGGGGAUAACCCACCCACAAAAACAAAAACAAAAGACAAACGACAAAGGAACGAAAAGAACUUGUAUUAGGUAAAUUGUGGUUUACAUAUUUUUUUAUAUACAUAUAUAUAUAAUAUAUAUUCCAUAAUUAUAUAGAUUAACGAUAAACGUAUUCCAUGUUAGUGCUUAAAUCUAAUUUAUUAUUUAUCGUUUCACCCCAUUUCAUGAACAAUAAUUAACCAUGCUAAGGGUACACAUUUUUUGUAUUGACGAGAAAAAGUCUAACUUGUAAAGUAAAAAAAAAACAAAAUGCAAUAAAAAUAUAAAGUUAUAUAAAUAAUUAUACGAAAAUGUAUUGCUCAAAGGCGAUUUAAGUUUUAAGACAGACACACACACAAUGCUAACUGUUAUACAAAACACGCACACGCUCAAGCCUAAUAACUGUUAUACUGUUGAAACUGUACUUUAUAUAUGUAUAUGUAUCCACUAUACAGGAUCGAAUUGAAACGCUUUGCCAUUAACAGCUUCUGUAUAACACUUGAGCCUUGCCACUGUUAUGCGCGCUGUUCCACUUAGGCCAGUAUAACAGUGACUCCGCCCAACUGUUUUUAGCAUUUAAUAAUCUAUUAUACACAAUAUACAAACAACAAAUAUGUGCGAUAUUUUUAUAUGCUGUUAAUAAUGAAAAAUGUAAUGUGUUGUAUUUCGACUACCCAGCUUCCCAUUUUUUGUUUUUAUCUAAAAAACCCUCCGUGAGAAAAUAAUAAAUAAAUUUAAAAAAAAAAAAAAA